AUGGAUAGCGCAUCUCCCAGGCGUCGGGCUUCAGUUGCUCGUCAUCUUUCCCUAGAACCCUCACCCUCCGCUCCUCGUCGGCUAUCCCAUGGAAGCAUAGACGCACUAGAAACCUCUGGCCACCAAAGGAAGCGCCGUCGGACCAGUCAUCCUGAGCGACAGGAGGAUGCGCCCCCGGAUGCAGUCGAUCUUACAACCACCGAGGACAUGGACCCUGUGUCGAGGACGCAAGCCAAACAACGAGCAGACGUUAUCCUCGCACAGCAGUCCCUAGAUCAUAACAAAGGGGAGUCUGUUCUACUUGCAUACAAGUGUCCCGUCUGCAUGGACACCCCGGUUGAUGCUACUAGUACUGCAUGUGGGCAUCUUUUCUGCCACAAGUGUAUUAUCGAUACCUUGAAGUUCAGCGAAGAACAGCGGUCGGAUAUGUCUGGAAAAGGCCCCCGGGGCACUUGCCCUGUGUGCAGAAAGUAUCUCUCGCGCAACGACUUGCCCGGUCCAAAGAGGAACCUCGUACCUCUACAGAUCAAACUUACUACUCGAAAGAGGAGAGAGACCGCGCAAUGA